AUGAUGAGAGCCGACGGGAGGAGUCUGGUAAAAUACAAUCUCUACUCCGGCAAUCGCAUCGCGAGCAGUCACUUCGCACCGUCAGUUCCACGCGGGGGCAUUCCAUCGGGGACAGUGACGUUCCAGGCGUCCGCGCCGAGUCCGGGGCAUCGAAGCGCGAGGGUCAAUAAGGGCGGCGAGUUGACGGCUGAGGGCUGGGGGCUGUUUGCCGAGGACCUUCCGUCCGCUCUCAAUUAUAUCAAGAUUACAUAUUUAUCUCCUGAGACGGCUAGUCUUAUAGGGGCGCCUUCGGACGGAACUGCUCGGAGUAGUUACAUU